AUGGACAACUCCAAAGUACUAAUCCUUCUAAGCAAGUUUAGCGUGGGAAAUACCAAGGCUGAGGCGACCCUCCAAGCCAUCAACAUUGCAGGUAAUGGAAGAGAAGCAUUCAAGGCCCUGUGUACCCACUAUGAAUACAAAGGGAUACUAACCUCCAAGAUUGUCGAAGCUGAACACACCAUCAAAGAACUGUGUUGCGUUGGUGAAAUACCCAAAAUGAACUUGUCCAUGUUUGAACAAAUGCUGAAGAAAGCGUAUGCAGCCUACAAAGCAAGGUUACAGAAACAUUUCUACAACUGA